AUGGCUUUCGGAAUGCAGCCAUAUGGGAUUCUGGGAAUGCUCAAGGAAGGGUACAAGCACCUGUCUGGGCUCGACGAAGCUGUUAUCAAGAACAUCGAAGCCUGCAAACAACUCUCCAUGAUCACCAGAACUUCUCUCGGUCCCAAUGGUAUGAAUAAAAUGGUUAUCAAUCAUCUGGACAAGCUUUUCGUAACAAAUGAUGCUGCCACUAUUGUGAAUGAACUUGAAGUUCAACACCCUGCUGCCAAGCUUUUGGUUUUGGCAGGCAAGGCGCAGCAGGCAGAAAUCGGUGAUGGAGCUAAUCUAACUGUUUCGUUUGCUGGGGAGCUUCUCCUAAAUGCUGAGGAGCUGAUUAGGAUGGGCCUGCAUCCUAGUGAGAUCAUCAUUGGCUACACAAAAGCGAUUAAUAAGACAAUCAGUAUCUUAGAUGAAUUGGUUGAGAAGGGUUCUGAAAAUAUGGAUGUGAGAAAUAAGGAUGAAGUUAUACUACGAAUGAAAGCUGCUGUUGCUAGUAAGCAAUUUGGACAGGAGGAUAUUCUGUGCCCUCUAAUUGCGGAGGCAUGCAUACAAGUGUGCCCCAAAAACCCAACAAACUUUAAUGUGGAUAAUGUCCGUGUUGCUAAGCUUUUGGGUGGAGGUUUACAUAAUUGUACAAUAGUCAGAGGUAUGGUCUUGAAAACUGAUGCUGUUGGGAGUACAAAGAGAAUAGAGAAGGCAAAGGUUGCUGUGUUUGCUGGGGGUGUUGAUACGUCUGCAACUGAGACAAAAGGAACUGUUCUUAUUCAUAGUGCUGAGCAGGUUGCUGUGUUUGCUGGGGGUGUUGAUACGUCUGCAACUGAGACAAAAGGAACUGUUCUUAUUCAUAGUGCUGAGCAGCUUGAAAAUUAUGCAAAAACUGAAGAAGCUAAAAUUGAAGAGCUCAUCAAGGCGGUUGCAGACUCUGGUGCAAAGGUUAUUGUUAGUGGAGGCGCUGUUGGAGAAAUGGCUUUGCAUUUCUGUGAACGUUACAAGCUCAUGGUUUUAAAAAUCAGCUCCAAAUUUGAACUCCGACGAUUUUGUCGUACGACUGGUGCAGUUGCUAUGUUGAAGAUUUGCCAACCAAACCCAGAUGAUCUUGGAUACGUGGAUUCGAUUUCAGUGGAGGAAAUUGGCGGUGUUAGGGUUACUGUUGUGAGAAACGAAGUUGGUGGAAACUCUGUCUCCACUAUCGUUCUACGCGGAAGUACUGAUAGUAUAUUGGAUGAUCUCGAAAGAGCUGUUGAUGAUGGUGUGAAUACCUACAAGGCAAUGUGUAGGGACAGUCGGAUUAUACCUGGGGCUGCAGCUGCUGAGAUUGAAUUGGCCAGAAGACUAAAGGAAUUUUCUUUCAAAGAGACAGGAUUGGAUCAGUAUGCAAUUGCAAAAUUUGCUGAAAGCUUCGAGAUGGUACCAAAAACCCUUUCUGAGAAUGCUGGUCUUAAUGCUAUGGAGAUCAUAUCAUCUUUAUAUGCUGAACAUGCAUCUGGAAACAUUAAAGUAGGCAUUGAUCUGGAGGAAGGUGCCUGCAAGGAUGUUGCUACCAUGAAUAUUUGGGACCUUUACAUCACCAAGUUUUUUGCUCUCAAAUAUGCUGCUGAUGCUGCUUGUACGGUGCUGCGGGUAGACCAGGAGGGGGAUUGGUUCUUUGCUCUCAAAUAUGCUGCUGAUGCUGCUUGUACGGUGCUGCGGGUAGACCAGAUCAUAAUGGCAAAACCGGCUGGUGGACCGAAGAGAGAUCAACCAGCAGGAAUGGAUGAGGACUAA